AUGCACGAGCUCAAGCCUCAUGGUAGCCGCGGGCGCGACCAUAAGAAGGAUGAUGAAUCGCUUGAUCGUGAAGAGCGUGAAGCCACUGAAAAAGCGUUUGGUAUCAAAUCGACGACUGCCGAUCACCUCAAGGUGACGCCACGCGAGGCGGCGGCGCUUCGUCGUGAGUUGGGCGUCAGUGCCGGUGAAUAUGAAUUAAGGGCGGUGAUUGUGAAUGGGAUUCAAGGAAUGCACAAUUUUCAAAUUUUGAAGGUAUUUUCUGCGUUUCGUGCUUCUGAAGUCAGUAUUCUUGACAGUAACAACGCGAUUGUGCACUUCCUAACGCGGCAAGAUGUCGCUGCUAUGAUGUUGAACAUGUCGAAAAUGAUUCGACGUGUGCGUGGAAAAAGGCGAGCUGAUGAAGACGGCGAAGUGAUGUCAGAUGACGACGAUGAUGUCGAAGAAGGGCAAAUUCUGAAGGAGAAGGGUGAUGAUAUUGAAGUUCUUGAAGGAAUCGAAUCCAACGAUCGGGGAAUUGUGGAAAGCGCCGACGGCAAGGAUCACGUCGUCAUUGACGUGGAUGUUCGAAAAAUUCCGGAUGGAAAAUGGCGAUUAGUUGUGAAACACGUGCCCGAGAAUCGAUUCUUGAUAGUUAGAUAUCCAACAAUUAAAGAGUUUGAAAAGAUACCCAGACAUCAGUUGGAUGACGAAGAGGAAACAUCAGUGGCUAAGAAACGAAGAAAUGCUGACAAUGAUUUCUGGACACACACCAACGAUUAUCAUAGUGGUUUGAAUAUUUUUGACAAAGAAGGAAAUGAGCUUGACUGGGAUUAUGAGCAUGACACAAGAUUUUACGACAAGAAUGAGAAGACGAACCAUGAGGAAUCGGAAGUGAAGAAGAACGACGACAAGUUUGAAUUGCCGAAAAAUGUGAAAGUUCGCGGUCGCGGAGCUGUUCGGUGUGGAUUCUUGUUCAAAAAAGAUGACAGUUGUGGAAAAUCGUUAGCGUGCGACGAAGAAAAAGCAAAAAAACCGAGAAUUUCGGGAGAUGAAACUAUGAAAUAUGAAAAAGAUGAUGUUCUUUCGCGAGUUCCCGCUGGUCGAUUAGACGGCAGAGUCGAAUUCCAUUAA